UAUAUGCAAUGAGGAAUUUUUUUUGUUCCGCUUUGUUGGGGAGGAAAAUGGUAUUAAAUCUUCGUGGUCUUAGACUAAGUUUGAUAUAAUCCAAGCUCAUUUGUUUUACUGGUCAGUAUAAAUAAAUAAAUAAUCAGAAAACCGUGGGAGAUACACAUUUCCCUCCUUGCGAGAAGCUUCAUUUUAACCCCGCCAAAGCAGAUUUUUGUAAGAAACAAUUUUUCUGUUUUCAGUUGAAUAGCUGUAGAAUCUGUGGAUAAAGCUUAAGAACCCUAAUUGUAGUGUAAAAGGGGAUACAAUCAGGAUGCCCUGUUGCACGGGGUCUGUUGUAGGCUCAGGAUCAUAUGCAUUUCCUAAACCACGCCAUUUCGGCUAUGUAAUGGCUCGGUUCAACACCAGGGAUGCUAAGCAGCUGAGGUUUUCAAGAAAUAUGGGAAUAUACGGACAUAUCUCGUUGGAGGAUUACCCGUAUUUAACGAGAGCUAUGCACAUUGAGGACGGAGGACAUCUGGGAAAUGGUUUCAGGAUUGGCAUUGAAGAUUCUUUGCAUGGCCAUUCUAAUUUUAUAAAUGAUCUAGUGCCCUCGGAUCGGGGUGAAAAUGGAUUGCUCAUGCCUGCCCCGCGUACUCGCACUAAUUUGCUUAAAGUGGCGGUGGAUGUUGAUGAAGUUCUUGGCAGCUUUCUCAGUUCUUUGAAUGCUUUUCUAGCAGAGAAGUACCUGGUGAAUUAUGAUCUUUCAGAGUAUUACGUCUAUGACUUCAUGAAGAUUUGGAAUUGCACACAAGCAGAAGCAAAUCAUCGGGUGCAUGCUUUCUUUGAAUCAAAGCAUUUUAACAAUGGCAUCUUACCAAUUACUGGUGCAUAUCAGUCUCUGAGUCGACUGUCAUCAUAUUGCAAACUGGUGGUAGUUACAUCACGACAGCAUGUCAUCAGAGAGCCUAGUCUAGAAUGGAUUGCAAAACAUUUCAAAGGAAUUUUUAGCGAGGUCCACUUUGGAAAUCAUUUUGCAUUGGAAGGAAUAGCUAGACCAAAAUCCGAAAUCUGCAAGUCUCUGGGAGUGGAGUUACUUAUAGACGACAAUCCAAGAUACGCUGUUGAGUGUGCCAAGGAAGGGAUUGAAGUACUUUUAUUUGAUCUGGAUUAUAGUUAUCCAUGGAGUAAGACUCCAGAGGGUCCUUCGCAUCCCCUGAUUACAAGGGUUUGUAAUUGGCAGGAAGUUGAGCGCAAGCUGAUGUCUUUACGUGCCUUGCAUUGUGAAUUGAGUUAGAUGAACUAUUGAGCUGGCAUCGGAAAUAAUUCUGGAGCAGCUCUUUCUGAUUCAAUAGGGGAAUAGAAGAGUUAAAUUGAGAUCUGGUCAUUUUGCAAAAUAAUUCAAUCAUGAACUGUUGUUAUUCAUACUUUUAUGUAAGUAAUAUGUAAAUCUAUAACGUAUGGAGACAUGAUAAAAAGACUAACAGGCAAUUGGUUUUCUGUUGCAAAUCUCUCAUUCAAUCAUGAUAUUACUUGUUAAGCUCA